AGUAAUUAAUAUUUGGAAACAAGCCUAUCCAUCCAUAUAUAUCCCUCUCUUCUCCAUUUAAGCUUUUGUUCUUCUGUUCCAAUUCAUUCUCUAACAUUCUUCGCAAAUUCGUAUCGGUUUUAAGUGAAAAACAAUGGGAGGUGGUAAAGACAAGCAUCAUGAUGAGCAUGACAAAGGGUUUCAUGGUUUUCCAGGAGGAGGACAUCAUUACCCACCUGCUCAAGGAGGGUAUCCUCCACAAGGUUACCCACCACAAGGGUAUCCUCCAGCUGGAGGCUAUCCGCCUGCUGGAUAUCCUCCUGGUGCAUACCCUGCUGCACCCGGUGGUUAUCCUCCUGCUGGCUAUCCUGCACCUGGAGCUCACCAUUCAGGACAUUCUAGUGGUGGAAUCGGAGGCAUGAUAGCAGGGGCUGCAGCAGCCUAUGGAGCUCACCAUGUUGGUCAUGCCUCUCACAACCCUUACGGGCAUGCUGUAGGACAUGGAGGGUAUGGCCAUGGCCCUGCUCAUGGCUUUGGUGGUCAUGGUCAUGGUAAGUUCAAGCAUGGAAAGCAUGGAGGCAAAUUCAAGCACGGAAAGCAUGGAAAGCAUGGCAAGCACGGGAAACAUGGUAUGUUUGGAGGAGGAGGCAAAUUCAAGAAGUGGAAGUAAUCUCAAAAAACCCCUUUGAUCCUCUCCUCCAGUAUAGUCUCAUUACCUGACCGAUGUUUCUAAUAAUCUCCCUUCAAAACAUAUUACAUUUUAACUAUGUCGGUUUAGAGAUUGCUGGUUCGAGAGAGUGCUAGUAUAAAUCUUAUGGUCUCUGCAGAAGAGGUUUCUUUAAUCUCUCAAUAGCAGAUUCUUUGAAACUUAUCUAUAAAUUUGGUAUUGUAAUGACAGUUUGUGUUUGCUUUUUCUCUCUCCCUCUCUCUCUCUUUUUCAAUAUCUCUUCUGUUUGAUAAUCUGAUGUUGGUGGAGUUCUCAAAAAUAUUUAUGCUAUUGUAGAUACUGACCUUGAAUC